GCCAUCUUGAUCCCGUUUGGCGGAUGAAUGAAUAGUCAGCACAGGCUCCCAUAGACAGGGUCUGGGCAGUGUCCUCAAUCCGUCUCCAUCUUUCACCUCCCCGCCAUGGAGCGCUCCGUCAGCCGCUUCAUCUUCGUCCUCACAGCCCUGGCCGCCAUCUGCCGGGCUCAGGAACUCAUUAACGAGGAUGUGAAACGCACAGUGGACCUGGGCAGCCAUCUCGCCAAAGUGACGGCCGAGGUGACUCUGUCCAACCCGGGACCCGGAGCGGCUCACUCCUUCCUGGUGGCCCUGGAGCCCGAGCUGGACCACCACCUGGCUUUCUUUGGGGUUAAGGGUGAUGAAGAAGAGGAGGGCUAUUUGGAAAUAAAAGAAACCAAAAAUAAAGGGAAAAGUGGAAAGCAGUUCACAGUGAAAUUAGGAUCAUCUCUUUCCCCGGGAGCCAAAACUAAAGUGUCAAUCGAGACUGUCUUCACACAUGUUCUUCAGCCAUACCCAACGCAGAUCACACAGGCAGAGAAACAAUUUGUGGUGUUUGAAGGGAACCAUUACUUCUACUCUCCUUAUUUGACAAAGUCCCAGACAACACGUGUCAAACUUGCUUCCAGAAACGUUGAAAGCUACACAAAGCUGGGCAAUCCAUCUCGGUCUGAGGACAUCAUUGAAUAUGGUCCAUUUAAAGAUAUUGCACCAUGGAGUGAGGAUCCCUUAAAGGUCCACUACGAAAACAACAACCCCUUCCUAACAAUCACCAGCAUGACUCGGUUGAUUGAGGUUUCUCACUGGGGUAACAUUGCAGUGGAAGAGACUGUGGACCUCAAACAUACUGGGGCUGAUCUGAAAGGACCCUUUUCAAGAUAUGAUUACCAGAGGCAGCCUGACAGUGGAAUCUCGUCAGUCAAAUCAUUUAAGACUAUUCUCCCAGCGGCUGCCCAAGAUGUUUACUACAGGGACGAAAUUGGAAACAUUUCUACCAGCCAUUUACUGGUUCUUGAUGAUUCUGUGGAGAUGGAAAUCAGACCCAGAUUCCCACUUUUUGGAGGAUGGAAGACUCAUUAUCUCAUUGGAUAUAACCUUCCAAGCUAUGAGUACCUUUACAAUCUUGGUGAUCAGUAUGCCUUGAAGAUAAGGUUUAUUGAUCAUGUAUUUGAUGAACAAGUUGUGGAUGCACUAACUGUUAAAAUAAUCCUGCCAGAAGGAGCCAAAAACAUCCAUGUUGACAACCCCUAUGACAUCAACCGUGCCCCCGAUGAACUCCAUUACACCUAUCUUGACACUUUCGGUCGCCCAGUGAUUGUCGCUCAUAAGAACAAUCUGGUCGAGCAGCACAUUCAGGACAUUGUCGUGCAUUACACAUUCAACAAAAUCUUGAUGCUUCAGGAACCGCUACUGGUUGUGGGUGCCUUCUAUAUUCUGUUCUUCACAGUUAUUCUCUAUGUGAGGCUGGAUUUCUCCAUCACCAAGGAUCCUGCUGCUGAAGCUAGAAUGAAGGCUGCCUGCAUUACAGAACAGAUUCUGACCCUGGUCAACAAGCGACUUGGACUGUACCGCCAUUUUGACGAAGCUGUCAAUAAAUACAAACAGACUCGAGAUAUCUCCACAGUGAACAGUGCCAAGAAAACGCUGGAGACGGAACACAAAAACCUAACAAACGAGAUUGCCUCUUUACAGUCCAAACUUAAGGCUGAAGGCUCUGACUUGUGUGAUAAAGUAAUGGAGAUUCAGAAGUUGGACACUCAAGUUAAGGAAAUUGUGCUAAAAUCAUCUGUAGAAGCUGAACGUCUGGUUGCUGGAAAGCUGAAGAAAGACAGCUACAUAGAGAACGAAAAGCAGCAUGCAAACAGACGGCAAGAGCUGGUUAACAAAAUAGAUAACAUUCUCGAUGCUUUGUAACUGAAAACUUAAAGAGGAAAAAAAUACUUUUUUUUGUCUGUGAGAUUAAGGCACAAAGAUGUGUUACACACAUUGAGCCAAAGCAAUGCUGUUUUUUUUUUUUUUUUUUUUAUUUCUCUGUUUGUUUUUUGUUUGUUUUUUUCGUGUGUUCACUUAUCUGGAGCCUCCACUGAUCUUUCUGCCACCUCUAGUUGCCACACUUCUACAGAGGCUUUUCUUGGAUAGUAAAGUUAUUGCAUACAAGCAGAUUCACUGUUGGAAAGCAAAAUACUCUUAAAUUCAAGUUAAAAGGGUGUCUAAACGUUCUCCCAGAGAAUUCAAUUUUGUAAGGGUUUUUUUUUUUUGUGCUUGGGAAGAAGGGAUUACACAGGCCCUGAGGAGGGGAAAUAUAUCCCCUCCCCCUUUAAUGAUCCAAAAUACCCAUGUGGGUUCUGAAUGAUUUUAUUAUUUUUUCCAAUAAGAGUAACCUUGCUCUUUGUAUAAAAAAAGGUUUUGUAAACAUUGUCUAAGGAAUUUGAAAUUUCAUCUACAUCUGUUUUGAUAAAGUUAUUACAUUUAUUUUUAUGCCUGUGCAUAAAACGGAAAUGAAAUGUUUAUGAAAUCCAUACAUUACUAAAUCCACUGUAAUGGUUUAGGUAUUUUUGUGACCAAAUUCAAUAAACAAGGGAUUAUGGAUGA